UAUGGAGGAGCUCCAGGAGGACCAGCAUUCCCUGGACAAGCUCAGGAUCCUUUGUACGGUUAUUUUGCUGCAGUGGCAGGGCAGGAUGGACAAAUAGAUGCUGAUGAGCUACAGAGAUGUCUCACCCAGUCAGGGAUUGCAGGAGCGUAUAAACCUUUCAACUUAGAGACUUGCAGACUCAUGAUCUCAAUGUUGGAUAGGGAUAUGUCUGGCACACUGGGAUUUAAUGAAUUUAAAGAACUCUGGGCUGUGGUCAAUGGCUGGAAGCAACACUUCAUAACUUUUGACAAUGAUAGAAGUGGUACAGUGGACCGUCAAGAACUGGAGAAAGCCUUGAUGAAUAUGGGAUUUAGACUGAGCCCACAGGCAGUGAGUGCAAUCACAAGGCGAUACAGCACUCGUGGAAAGAUUACAUUUGAUGAUUACAUUGCCUGCUGUGUGAAACUCAGAGCUCUCACUGAAUGUUUUAGAAGAAGGGAUAUAUCUCAGCAGGGUUUUGUGAACUUCCAGUAUGAUGAUUUCAUACAGUGUGUUAUGAGCGUCUAAAUCAAAAGGAAGCAAGCUAUGGAUGAUCACGACUAACAUUCCAGUUUGUGUUUUGCUUUGCCAAAUCUUCGAAUGAUUGUGUAUCUCAAUAUGGGAAAUUGCAUAUUUUAUGAAGGUAUCGCUUUACACACUUGCAUUUUUUUUUAGUUUUGAUAAUGACUAUAAACUACUCAUGUACUGUCAUCUUUAACUUUCAGCCUGUGACUAUUAAAGAUGUUUUUAUUUUCAUAAACUUGCAAUUCACUAUGUAUAGCUCGAAUUAUGCA